CCUCCUCAGCCGCCGCCGCCGCCGCCCCCCCACCCCCACUCUCCGGUCUCAACUGAGACCCGGCCGUCCGUCCCCGAAGAUCCUGACCGGUAGCGUACUCAGGGAAGCUGGCCAAACAUAUCCAGCGGCCCCUCCUCCACCUAUUCUUCUCCCAUCUGCCGUCGGAGCAGUUCGCGGUGCCUCCUUCUGAUCCGGCGCAUCGUCAGGUCGAUCCCGUCGAACCAGUUUGGGCCGCCUCCUUCUGAUACGGCGCAUCGUCAAGCGGAUCCCGUCGAACCAGUUCGGUCCGUUUCCUUCUGAUCCGGCGCAUCAUCAAGCCGAUCCAAAGAAAGGAUAUUGGACAUGACGUCAAGAAUUUUCAAGAUCGCAAGAAAGUCUGUGGUCAUUGUGUCUGACAAAAAUGAUGGUGAUGCCUACUGCACUGGUUGUGUUAUGGUCAAGGAUAAGAAUGUAACAGUGAUAGCUUCAGCAGGUUUUGUGAAUGGGCGGGAGAGCUGCCUGAAGGUUGUCUUUUAUGACAAAACCGAGCUGGAUGCUAGAGUGGUUGCUGUCCAGGGUUCAUUCUGUUUAGUCAGAACAACCUUCCACUCAGGCUGCCUUCCACUCAGACUGUUGAAAGACGAAGAUGCUGUGGUUGUUCCUCAGAGUACCUUUAUGUUCAUCCCACAAUCUCAGAAAAUUAUUACGAGGAUCUCUACUUAUGCUACUGUGGAGACACUUGAAUCGUAUCUUAACAUUGAAACAGAUUUGGCAGCUGAUUCCACCAAUUAUUUUUUGGUGUCUUGUGAUUAUUUUGGGAAGAAUCAUGAUGGGACUAAUAGGCUUACUGCUUCACCUGUAUUCACUAUGGGGGGUAAGACUGCUGGCAUUGUUCUACAGGAUUGUCGUCUAAAUGAUAAUGAUUCUGGUGCUGAGGUGAAAGUUACGUUAAAAGCAAGACACCUUCAUAGACACCUUCAUGAACUGAUGGCGUUAGUUGACCCAGCGGCAAGACCAAAGAGGCCUGGAAAGAAGAGAAAGAGAAGUUAGUUGACCCACCAACAAGACAAAGGAAGCAUGUAAAGCUGGAAAGAAGAAAGAAAGUUGAAUGAAGAAAGAGGAGUUGAACUGAUGGUCCUAGUUAACCCACCGGCGGCAAAGACGAGAGAGGAUGUGACAUUGGAAGGAAAGGAGAAAAAGGAGGUGACACUACGGUAGGAACUUAGGAUUGAAACAGAAAUUAUGUCACGAUGCAUUGUGAUAUACGAAGAUUUGUGCAUCGUACUGUAAUAGAGAUCUGUUAAGUCCUUUAUGCCUAGAUUUUCUUGCUUGCUUAUUAACCUGUGACACUAGUUGUGUCUGCUUGUGUUAUUUAUGAUUGACCGUGUCAAAACUAUUAUUAUCUUUGAUACAUAAGGUUAUGUAUGUUGUCAAACACAGUAUAAGAUAUUUAUGUGUUUUUCCUUCCA